GCAAAAUGUUACUUUCCUCAGAUGAAGUAGCAAAUAUAAUAUUGCCCGUGUAGUAUUUGACAAUUAUGUUGCAAGUACGCGCGUUCUUUACCGCUGUAGUGAUCGCAUCAUUACACCGGAGUGCUAAUGGAUUGGAUUUCGUGUUUAAUCUGCCUGGGAAACUUUUCUACAACACCCAGCAUGAGAUAAUGUUAACAAACGUACAAGCCACGGUAGGCGAGCGUCUCACUGUCACUAUACAAGCACAAACAGGAAGCAGGGAGACCCUGUAUUCAAACCAGACAUUACUGGUGGCCCAGCGACCUACAGAGACAUACAGCCUUCCCAUUAGACUGACACAUUCACUAACCGGGUGCAGCCCUCAGUCAAACGGUGCAACUACCAGCAACGUGUUAUGUGAAGCUACAUUUGUGGUCUCUGUUACGACAUCUAGCGGACAGAGUUGGUCGCGAAGUCAGAGCGUUAUGAUCCUUAAAACUAAGGCGCAUAUCUUCAUACAAACUGACAGACCAGUGUAUUUGCCCGGGGAGAAAGUUUACGUCCGGUUUGCACCCGUUGACGAACUCCUUCGACCACUUGGUAUCCCAAUGGUCAUGUCAAUCAAGGCUCCUAAUCCAACACCGGGUGGUUCCCCUCUUACGUCAUGGAGCAAAACCAAAGCCGCAAGCCGUGGGAUUUUUACACGAGCAUUCAUGUUGCCAGAAACACCCCCGCUGGGAAAGUGGGUUGUAUCAGGGAAGUUUCGAAGCGACCACGUGGUCGAUACGACGUUCCAAUCCACUUUCUACGUUCAAGAGUUUACCAUACCGACGUUUGACGUCAUAAUAUCACCGAAUGCGGAACAUUUUAUUCUACCUGAUGAUGAGCAAUUCUCUUUCUGCGUAAGAGCAAGACACAUUCACGGGGAAAACGUCGACGGUCUAGCUCACAUUCGAUUUGGUUUGGUUUUGAACGGCAAUGACAUCACGUCACAUAUUAUAACUCACAGAGACUUAAGUUCAGGAGUUGUUGAAAUAACUCAGCAAGUCCCAUACUUGAUCCCGCCCUCGUACAACAUCGGGCACAUAGCGGCGUCCAAUGUUAAACUCUUCAUCGAGGCGACAAUUACCGAAGCCAAUGGUGGAAAGAUGCGGUCGAUUCGAAACGAUGACAUCACUUUUACGACAAGACCCUUCGUAUUGAUGUUUGAAAGAACACCGACUUACUUUAAACCUGGGCUGCCAUUCUCUGUGAAGAUUGGGGUGAAGAUGGUAAACGGAAGUUUUGCUGCUGGCGUUCGAGUCAACGUACGAGCUACAGUGCUACGUAGAGACGGGAGAGUUCUUAAUAUAUUUGAGCAAUAUGUGACGAGCUGCAGCAGUGGUCAUGUAUAUGCAUCUAUGAUCCCACCGCUCAACACUAAGGACUUAACAAUCACCGCUACAGCUCAUUAUAUUCCAAACAGCAAUCAAAGAUAUGAAAGUCAAGCUCAAAAGACUGUCAGACCACAGGUUUCCACACAUGGUGAAUACAUUCAGAUAGUUCAACCAAAUGGUGACCUUGUAGUUGGAUCAAUGUCAGCUUUGGAAAUCUAUGUUACACCAACAAGCCAAGCAAAAACGGUAAUCUACACAGUAACUGGUGGCAACAAAAUGCUCCUUCAAAGUUCUGGAGAGAUACCAGCCAACAAUGGGAUGCUAACUGUACCAUUCACUGUAUCUGCUGAUAUGUCACCAUUGUCACACAUGACUGCAUAUUAUGUGGGAAACACUGCUCUAGAUGUCUCCUAUAUUGUUGCUGACUCAAUAGCACUCCAUGUGGAAGAAGUGUGUAAAGGAAUUGAACCUGAAACCAAUGUCUUGUUGCCAGGGGAACAAAUACCGUUGCCGGGGCAACAGGUGGAUCUGGACAUCAGAGGGCAGCCUUCAUCCUACAUGAGCUUAUCAGGAGUUGACAUGGCAGCUCUUUCAUUGCAUCAUGAAUACCCCAGUGACACAACAAUGAUGACAUCAUACACUAGGAAGAAUACGUUCGAUAUCUUGCGAUCUUUUCAACCAGGGUGUAAAGUUCCCACUAUACCAACACCUGAAGCUGCUUUCCCAAGUAUUGGUCGCGUGUUGGUGACAAGUGCAAGUCACAACUUCCUCGAAGCCACAACCGUUCAAUGUGAAAAUGAGAAUCAAAGUUCCCGAAAGAAAAGAAGUUUUUUUGCUGAUCCAACUAUUGUGCUAGAGAGAUCUCGUUAUUACAGCGGAGAUGUUUACGACUGCUGUUCUGUUGGUGCUCGGGAUGUUUCAGAUGUCAUCCAUAUUAGUGGAGAAAAUAGUUGCAGCGAGAGAGCCAAUUCAUUGACAGUGAGUGCUGCUUGUAGAACUGCUUUCAUGGAUUGCUGUUUGGAAGCAGAAUGUGUUCGGUUGAAACCGUGGAAAUCUGCAAGGCCUUGCAGAGGUGGAGUUACAACCAGAACCAUCUUUCCAGUCACCACAACAAUUGCCAUGGCUGGUGUUCCAUUAGUUGAACGUUCAUUUGAAUUACUGAGAAGGAAUUUUGCGCUGACUUGGUUUAACACAGAUUUUCAGCUUGGUUCUUCAGGUCGUAUCAGAUUAAACAACGCAUCAAACCCAAGAGUUCCUCGGCUCCCAGACUCCAUUACAUCAUGGUCGAUCAAUACAUUCAGUUUGUCACCGGACAAAGGCAUGUGUGUUGCCCGUGAUGUGAUACUACCAGUUGAACAUUCAGUCCACAUUGAAGUAACUUUAUCGCACACCAAAGUUGUAAGGGGGACACAAGUAUCUGUGGAAGUGACAGCUUACAGUUACUCAACUUCCUCAAUCAGGGCCUCUAUUAUACUGGAGCCAACAGAUAACUUGUGUACGUCCUCACUCAACCAAGUAGAAAGAGAUGGAACAAUCGCUGCUGCUGUAAAUGGGGUUGCUGGUACCAUGGUAACAAGGUUCAUCAUCUUGCCAACCAGACAGGGAGAUUAUAAGAUCAAGGUGGCGUUAUACGCUUACCACGAAGACAACCAACGUCCGCAGAUUGAUAAAGUUGUGAAGGUAUUGAAUGUGGUCCCAGAAGGCAUACUGAUGAAGAAAGUACAUUGGGAGAUGAUUGACACGAGAACGACUCGCAUCCAGAGGAGAGGAGUGAGGGGAAACAGGAGGAACAAGUCAAUUAAUCUUUCUCUUCCAUCAUCUGCAAUCCCAGGAACAGAAAGAGCAACAUUACAACUACAUAGCACAACUUCAGCAAUUCUAACCAAACCAAGUUUUCCUGGCGAUGAUGGAACAACGAACACGAUUGCUCAACCUUUGUACCAACUUCAAUCUAUCGUUUCAAGGUUGAAGUACCUUCAACGAAAUGGGUUGCUCACUGAAGGUAGGAGAGAAGAAUUAUCAAGUGAAGCUCAAUCAGCAUACGUAGGGUUGCUUACUUAUGUAAGGAACACAAGCCCAGCAGCUUCAGAUUCUACUGAAGCGAAGUUCGGUUUCUCCUUUUCUCCCGCUCGAAGUUCGAAACCAGAUCUAUGGCUCUCUAGCGCCUCUUUGAGGUUGUUGGUUCAAUCGGCAGAAUUAAUAUCGAUUGACGAGAAUAUUUUGAACGGUUUGGUCCGUUGGAUUCUCUCGCAUCAACAAAAGAGUCCGGGUCGAGGUUACUUCGCUGGGAAACCGAUCCCUACAUCCCGAGGAUCAAAGAGGAAAAGAAGAAAAAGAUCAUCUUCAUGCUCAAAAUUGAGUAAAUCAAGGACACGAUGCAAGAAACGAAGAAAUGCUUACGACUCUAAUAGAAAAUACAAGAAGUGGCAGAAAAAAUGUCGUAAGCGAUUACGUAAAUGCAGAAGAAGAAAAAGAAACGCAGAAGCUUUGUUGAAACUCCCACAGUUUGCCAGCAGCCUUGAUAGAAAGAUCUACAGAACAUCUGUGAUAGGGAUUGAACUUCAUGUUAUUUACACAACCAUUGAAGCAUGGGAAACAAGAGAGCGAAGUGAUCAAGAAGAAGCCACCAGAAAUGGCAACCCAUUAAUUGGUUUCAACACUUCACCAAUUAGAAGUUCUGUUCGAAAGGCAACAAAUUACAUCAAGAGACAAAUAAGACGGGCCCCUUCUUCUAUAACAAGUCCCAUCACCAUGGUUUCAGCGGGGAAAAUGUUGUACAUGUCGGCUCGCAAAGUAUUUGAUAUUGUGGACUCCGCUGUCACAAACUAUAUUAUUACAUCAGCAGAUGAAACGACAGCUCAUAUUCGGAUUUCCAACCCACAGUCAAACCCAAGCCUUGAGCAAAGGAGGUUGAACAUGGAAGAUCUAAGAACAGAUUCAACAAGAGUAGAAGCCACUGCAUACCAGCUACAUCUGCUAACUUUGAGAGAUCGUUCACCAGCACCUUAUGCAAACUGGUUGAUUCAGAAUCGUAAUGAAAACGGUCGAUGGGUUUCACUGAGAGAUAGCCUGGCAGCUUCUCAAGCAUUGAACGAAUACGCGAUGAGACAACGAACUGAUGCUCACCCUCCUAUAAGUCUUGAGGUAAACACGCACACUGGAGGCCAAGUGAUCAGCGCAACAAACAUUCACCAACCAAGUGAAGCAAGCAAAGCAGAGAUAGCUGUCACUAAUAAUGAAGUGUCAGUUACUUCUGUGGGGGAUGGUGUAGGCUGGCUUGAGCUAAAUGUUGAAUACAGCGUGCCUCGCACUUCCUCACUCUUCUCCUCUCCUUCUGCCAUGGCAACCACAGAGAGGGAGGAAAUACAAUAUUGUCCAUACAACAUUGAAGUGAGGAUAGAUGUCGCUCAAGUUUCAUCAUCUUAUUACACGUUGAGGCAAGCCAGGAGAAGUUCCACAGCUUGGAGAGUAUCGUUGGUUGUAACUAAUAAGACUGGUGAAGAUCUGAGUGAAUCAAAUGAUCAGAGUUAUAUCAUGGAGUUUGGUCUUCAUGGAGAUUAUUAUCCUUAUAUUGAAGAUCUUGAAAUGUUGUACAACCCAGUUGAGAGAACAUUGGACCAUUACAAAGUCACCAAGCGCGCAGUGAUAUUUUACAUGACUGGUCCCAAAAAUAUUUCCUUCAGAAUAUCUGACACAACUUCUUCAUUUGCUGACAAACCAAUCCCUGUGACAAUCUAUCCAAGUGCAUUUCCAGAAAGGAAAUGUACAACAUACUACAACCAGCGUGGGCCAAGUAACUUGACCACUUUAUGUUCUGCUGAUAAUGGAAGUUCAUUGACGUCAUCAGAUAUUUGUGUUUGUGCUUCAGCUCAGACUUGCCCUGCUAUAAUAAGCAGGCGAACCUCAAGAACUGAACCAGUGGAGACCAAAAUACAAAGAUCUUGCAAAGAGACAAACAAAUAUGCUCAUAGAGUCAAGAUUCUCUCCAAGACACGAGUUGGUGAAGAUUGGAAUUUGCUUCGUGGGAGAAUUAUCAGGAUGUUUAGAACAAGUCCGGAGUUAUCCAGCAUUCAGAAUAAUCAAGUCCACACUUUCUGGGCAAAGAUAACUUGCAAUAUUGCGAACAUCCAAGUUAAUAAAGAAUAUUUGAUCACUGGAGCAACUGUUGUUCAAGGCAAUGAUGGAGUUUACAAAUAUCUCCUUGAAUCAAGUACCCACGUUGACUGGUGGCCACAGAAGCAAUGCGAGAGGAUCAGAAAGCCAUCAAUCAGAGAAAUCUGCGAUAAAAUGACACUUUAUAGUUACACCAUGAGCGCCACGGGUUGCACAUGAUGUCUCACCUCAUAAUCUUCACUUUGAUUUUAUUUCUUGAGCGAUUAACUGCCACGUGUAUAUUGCCAAAGCACUAUAUUUGUAAUAAAAUUGCAACAUUGA